CUGGGGGCUGCGUCCCUGGUCCUCCUCGGUCACAGCUUGAGCUUGCUCAGGGCUCCGAGGAGGGUCUGGCCCACGUGGUGCCGUGAGGCUGAGCCGGGGGGCUCUGCCCGGGACACGCAGCCCCCACCCACAGGCCGCUCCCAGGUGCGCUUUGCGAGGAUGCGGCUGGGAGACGGCGGCACGUGUGUGGGAGGGGCGGCUGCGGUCUCGAUGACUGGAAGGAAGUGGAGUUCUGUUUCUGCUGAGGCAAGAUCCUGUGAUCCCAGGACCCCGCUCGCCGCCUGCUGCUUCAGGGAUGGAGGCCGUGGCAGCUAGCACUUCCCUGCCUGACCCUGGCGACUUCGACCGGAAUGUGCCACGGAUCUGUGGGGUGUGCGGUGACCGGGCCACCGGCUUCCACUUCAACGCCAUGACCUGUGAGGGCUGCAAGGGCUUCUUCAGGCGCAGCAUGAAGCGGAAGGCGCUGUUUACCUGCCCCUUCAGCGGGGACUGCCGCAUCACCAAGGACAACCGGCGCCACUGCCAGGCCUGCAGGCUGAAGCGCUGCGUGGACAUCGGCAUGAUGAAGGAGUUCAUCCUGACGGAUGAGGAGGUGCAGCGGAAGCGGGAGAUGAUCCUGAAGCGGAAGGAGGAGGAGGCCCUGAGGGACAGUCUGCGGCCCAGGCUGUCCGACGAGCAGCAGCGCAUCAUUGCCAUCCUGCUGGACGCCCACCACAAGACCUACGACCCUACCUAUGCCGACUUCUGCCAGUUCCGGCCUCCGAUCCGCGAGGCGGAGCGUGGACAGAGCCACCCGUGGAAGCCCACACCCAGCUGCUCCGGGGACUCCUGCUGCUCGGGCUCAGACCACCUCAGUUCCUUCUCAGAGCUGAUGGAGCCGUCCAGCCUCUCCAGCCUGGAGCAGGACCAGGAAGAUUCAGAUGACCCUUCGGUGACGCUGGACCUGUCGCAUCUCUCCAUGCUGCCCCACCUGGCAGACCUGGUCAGCUACAGCAUCCAGAAGGUCAUCGGCUUUGCCAAGAUGAUCCCAGGGUUCAGGGACCUCACCUCCGAAGACCAGAUCGUGCUGCUCAAGUCCAGUGCCAUCGAAGUCAUCAUGCUGCGCUCUAACCAGUCCUUCACCACGGAUGACAUGUCCUGGGACUGCGGCAGCCAGGACUACAAGUACAACAUCAGCGACGUGACCAGAGCUGGACACAGUCUGGAGUUGAUCGAGCCCCUCAUCAAGUUCCAGGUGGGGCUGAAGAAGCUGAACCUGCACGAGGAAGAGCACGUGCUGCUCAUGGCCAUCUGCAUCGUGUCCCCAGACCGUCCCGGGGUGCAGGACACCCGGCUGGUGGAGGCCAUCCAGGACCGCCUGUCCAACACGCUGCAGACCUACAUCCGCUGCCGCCACCCUCCGCCGGGCAGCCACCAGCUCUACGCCAAGAUGAUCCAGAAGCUGGCAGACCUGCGCGGCCUCAACGAGGAGCACUCCAAGCAGUACCGCUGCCUGUCCUUCCAGCCGGGGAGCAGCACCAAGCUCACGCCCCUGGUGCUCGAGGUCUUCGGCAAUGAGCUCUCCUGACCGCCCUCCCCCUCUGCCCCUGCAGCCCACCCCACUCCUCCCCUCCCACCCCUGCCCUGCCACAGGCCCAGGGAGACGCCCCACUCCGCAGGGGACUGCAAGUGCUGGCUGAGCAUCCAGCAGGCAUGACAAUGCACCCAGGCCCUCUUCCUGAGCCCCCACAGCGAACAGCCAGAGGGUCACCCCCACAGCGAAUGGCCAGAGGGUCACCCCCGCAGCGAACGGCCAGAGGGUCACCCCCACAGCGAACGGCCAGAUGGUCACCCCCACAGCGAACGGCCAGACGGUCACCCCCACAGCGAACGGCCAGAGGGUCACCCCCACAGCGAACGGCCAGACGGUCACCCCCACAGCGAACGGCCAGAGGGUCACCCCCACAGCGAACGGCCAGAGGGUCACCACCACCACGUCCCAUUGCCCGUCUGUGCUCACCUGACCUGGGCAGGGCUGCCGAGGGCCUCCCACCCGUGUUGUCUGGACACUUGCUCUAGGGCUCUGGGGCCAGGUGGUGGGUGGCUGCCAUCUGAGAAGUCGGGUGAGACCCUUGAACCUGUGACGUUCCUUGCUUGGGGGGGCAGUUGGGGGACGUGGCUGCCACCACCAGGAGACUCUGGAGACCCCUGGGGCAGACUUGGCCCGCAGCAGCCGUCCUGUGGAAGCCGUCACCACUGCCACUGUCUAUGCUGUGUUCUGAUACAGAGGGGAGCAGCGCCCCCGGCCCUCGCGUCAGUUGCCACCGUGGUUGCUGCCCAGGGGCCCAAGGAGACCCCCUGGCUGAGGUUCAGCUGCAGGACUCGAAGCUUGGAGGUCACUGAGCAAGUGCACCCUGCGGCCAGAACCCUGCCCCCCGGGGAGCCCCGGCUUCCACACAAGGACCUCCCUUCCGAGCCUCUGUCUCAAUGUGAAUCAGUGCCGGGUUCCUCCUUGUUCAACGCUGAUCAAUAAACGCGUCUGCCCCGCUCUG